GGACAGGAUACUCUCCGAUUAUGUGAAGUUUUCACAGCGACACCUCCGGACAUUAGCGGUACUGCAGGUUCGCAAAACAAAAAAACAAAAAAACAUUGAAUGUAAUAACAUUCACUCCGUGGCUUUGUGUUGCUAAAUGGUUUGUAAUAAAACUGGAGUAGAAUUAUGAGCUUUAUUUGUGCUUUCUCUUCGUGAGAAACACUCAUUAUUUUUUAUACCAAGCAGUUAGGCUGCAAAACAGGUUUGGGAUUUCAUAUUAAAUGAAAGUGAAAGUGUCCCUUCACCCCUGUGCUGAGUCGAAAGAGUUUUACUGUCCAGAAGAUAUCAUGGAUUUGACCUUAAAGUUACCUUUUUACCUGGUUCUGUGGCAAGGUAAGGUAUCGUUGUUGUUUUAUUCAGUUUUUAUGUAUUUAAGUGUAUUUCCCUGUAAUUCAACAACUAUAAACUGUGGUGUACUAUGGCAGCUACUCUGCCGUGUACACUAUUGACUUUGCAGUUAGAAACUGUAGCCUAAUGUGUACAAUGUGACAGUAUGUACUGUUAAGUUAAUACUUCCGCACGAGUAUUAACUGAAGUAUUCACAUUUAGUUGGAAGAAGUAAAUCGACAUGCCUGUUAAUUUACUCAAGUAGCCUACAAAUAAAAAGUACAGAGUACUGACUUAAAUUGCUAAAUAAGACAUGGCGGUGGGGUGAAGAGAGGAAGAUGUCUCCCAAGAUUUCCCUGAUUAAUUAUUUUAAUAUAACCAACAGCGUGAAUGUGUGUAGUAACUUUGACUCAGCACUUAUCUAGGGUGAAGAAUAAAGCAUUUUUCUGCAUCUUUUACCAAUAUUUCACUUCACAGAUGGUCCCUUAACACUAACAUGUGGCUGUGCAAGAAGGUUCAGGGAAGUUAAGAACUUAAAGCUCCUGGUAGGAGUUUUUAGCAGAAACAAGUUAAAAAGUUUCCAUGUAGUUAAUUUUAAUGCUUGUAACCAAUGCGUAGAGGUAGGUGAUGGACAAGCUAUUCCAUAGCAAGCUGUUGAAAUCCCUUUAUAUUCAUUUUCCAUCAUUAAGCCUUUCAGUAAAUGAUAAGUUUGAUAUUAAAAGACAAACGCCACAUUUUAUGUCAGAAAACAACAUUGAUAAGGAAAAAGGACAGACCCCUUUUCCCACAAUUACCUUAAGUUUUUAAAAAAUCCCAUCAUUUUCAAGCCUACUGCACUGUCUUCCUCCGCUCAAAUGUUAAGUGACUGUUGUGAUUGUCUCUGUGCCUCUCUCAGGUGUAAUGUGCAUUAAUCAGGUACCAUGGCUGCGCUGUACAUUUAGUGAUGGACACUUGUUUAUAAAUGACAAAGGCCAGAAUGACACUACGGUCCGACACAGAGAGGCUGUGCUGCAGUUUGGCCAGAAAGGAGAAGCUCCUGUUCACCCACAAGCCGUUACUUUUCUUGUAGCAGGUACAGUCUACAGCCUGAGAGUUAUAUGCAGUUGGAUGCUUUUGUUUAUUACUGAUCCAUUUUUUGUGCUUUAGGAUCAAAGUUGGAGCUAAGGCAGUACCUACAGGGAGAGGAAGCAGAACAGAUAAAGUGUGAGAUUUGGCGGUUCAGCACACAUGGCGUUCAUGUCCGCUGGCCGGUUAAGGAGGAUAAGGAGUACAGUCGCUGGUUCACCUGUAUCCUCAAACACACAAAGGACCUGUUCACAGUCAUUGGCUUCCUCAGACACCCGACUGACGAGCCACCAACUGGAGAACAGGAUUACUACGGCUGGCCCAUCAUCAAGGAUAGAGAGAUCCUCACAACAACAGGUAAGUCGGAUCUUAUUUUGGGAAUUGGAUUUUGAGUGCGUGUUUUAUAACAACAACAGUACAGUGUUUUGAAAAGAUUAGUGAUUUAAAUCAUUCUGAUAAAGACUAGUUCCCUGUCUCAUCUCUUUCCAUAGUUGCCAUGGUCACCAAGACACUAUCUCCAUUGGUGAAAACAGGCUUGGGCACCACACAGAGGCUUCACUGUCAGUUUGCUGUUGACCACAAAGCUCCUCAGGUAACUGUAGAGUGGCACAGGUAUCAUCAGGCAAGGAGGAUCAGACUCUUCAGUCACAACAACCACACAAGACAGACUGAGGGGAGCGGGGUUGAGCUGACAAGCAUCGCUAAUGGGGACGCCUCCUUUACUGUGCACUCUACCAAUAUAGACAGUGAAGGGAGAUACGUCUGCUCUGUGUCUGUGAAUCCAGUGACCAUCAAUAUGGAUGUAAAUCUGCAAAUAGAAGGUGAGGAGCCUCAGAGGAGACACUAAAGACAGAUGAAUUUCUUACAGUCUUAUUCUUUCUAUUCUGAUCUUACAGAUCAGCUGUUAUUGUUAUUAUUAGACCACAAACCUGUAUCUGAAACUGAAGCUCUGCUGUUACAUCUUCUGUGUUAAAAUGACUGAUUUACAUGAAAAAGCAUAAGAAAGUAAAUUAAGUGACCAAGUAGCAGCCAGACCUUUUUUCAUGACAUAAAAUUCUUUUAACUUGUAUUUUUACCAAUGGUGAAAUGAUAUCCACUUUCAGCAGCUGAUGCCGAUAAUAACAGGACCUUCUUAUCUUCCCAACAUUCAAAUCUCGACCUGAAACCUCUUGCUGAAAUUGCCUCAGAUAUAUAUAUAUAUAUAUAUAUAUAUAUAUAUAUAUAUAUAUAUAUAUAUAUUUAUUUAUUUAUUUAUUUAUUUAUUUAUUAAUUUUUUCCCCGGUUUCUCCUUAUUUUUCUCAGAGGCCCCGAGCAUCUCCCUCAAUGUGGGACCCUCCCUCUCUCUGACAGAGGGCGAGGAGAUGAAGGUGAUCUGUACAGCAGAGCAUUUCUACCCUCUGGAUGUGGAGGUUAAUUGGUACAGUGAAGACCUGUCCAAGCCAGGUCAGAGGGCGGGUGCUCCUCCUCCGAAGGGUGUGGAUGGACGACGUUCCAUAAUUCCCCACGACUUUGUGCACUCCAGCCACAAGAACAACCCAGACCACACAUUCAUAUCGUCAUCUUUCUUCUACCUUGAAGCCUCGUUAUUUAACUCAGGGAGGCAGUUUACAUGCAGCAUCUCCCAUCGGUCCUUGAAGGAGCCCAUAACUGAGAGCUUCACCCUGACUGUGAAAGGUAGGACAAUCAAUUGCACUGUAAUACUGAAAGCAUCCACAUGAGGGCAGCAGAGGAUUGUAUCUGACACAUGACUCCGUGUUUUCUGUGCUCAGGACCAAACUUUUGGGUGGUGUUUCUUAUUGUGGACCUAUUUUUGCUGUAUAUCAUGUAUAAGCUGCUGCCUCGAUAUUGCACAGGUGAGUGUGGAGAUGCUCCCCCAAUGUAAAGGAUUAUUGUCAAUAUUAAAAUUGACCAAAAUCAAAAGGUCAUGCUCAUGAACCAUAGCAGUUUGAUGUUUUUUUGUUCUAGUAUGAGUCACUGUUUUGAAUCAUAAAGCGUUAAAAAUGGUUUUCAUUGACUCUUUAAGAUAAGAGUAACACAGUAAUUGUAAUCAAAUAAUCUCACCAUGGAAGAAUUAGUAUAGUCCUCACAGGUUUAACACAACACUGAAAUGUAUUGACAAAUUUGAUCGUUUGAAUUUGGUGAGUGUUCAUCUCUCAAAAUCUCAUGAUCUUUUAUUUUUUUCUUCAGGAAGAAAAAAAUCAGUGCAGGUAAGAUCAGACUGAAACAAUUCUGUUUCCUUCAGUUUUUGGUUAAAUGCAAUCAGAUAUUAAUUUUUGCAUCACUGUGUGUUUGUGUUUUUUGAGCAGAGGCUACCAUACUAAGCAGCUCCCAAAGACUGAGCGGGUCAACUGAACGGAGGAUUUUAUUCAUUUAUAAAACUGAAUGUGUUUUAUAAGUUAAUGCUUGUGUCGAACUCUAUGACCAUGAAGUAGAUUAUUUUCUGAGACAUGUUUUAAGGAGUAAACAUCUCAGAUCGUUGUAAUCUUGCACUUUUCGAGAUGAUACCCAGGUUUGCACAUGAAUAACAAAUCAGUCUACUUCGUUAAUUCUAAAAACUUAAUUUUUGUUGCACUAAAAAUUACAACUCAUUUACCAUCCCACAAGUAAAUCUUAAAAAUGAUCAAGUUUGAAGCUCCGUUUUUGGUUUUUGGGAUUGUUUUAUUUCAUCGGUCUUCUAAUGUCAUCUGUGCUGAUAUGUCUCUGGGAUUUGUGUGUCUUGGUGGGUGUUUUUAAGUCUCUGUUUUAUGGUUUUAUCUGGCUGCAAAGCAAAUUUACCUUGGGGGAUAGUAAGGUCUAAUGUAGCAAGUGCUUAACAAGUAAAAACAAGCAAUCAUCGAAAAAAGGCAGAUGAUUUGAUAAUUGUUUGUUGAUUGAUUUUGUUGUGUACUUGGGAAAUAUUACAUACACAAGAUAAAGCAGUAUGAAAGAGCUGCCCUUAAUAAAACUUGAAUAAGACAUGAUAUGUACAUGUCUGAUUGUAUUCCCACAAUAGCAGGCAGCUUUUAUUCUGUUGUUUGUUUUGUAUGUUAUUUAUCUAAUAAUGUUGACAUCAGUUUUACAGUUUUGUAAAUGUCAUUUUGUCUAUUCGUACAUAUUUGAUGCCUUCCUGUGCAUAAUCGAAUGCUUAUUUUUGAGAAAUAUGUAAAUGUGAAGUUGAUCUUUUUUUAAAUAAAUGUUCAAAAAGUGCCUCAACAGUGUCUCAUAGUAGACUGUAACGUGAUUAAUGAAUGAAUACAAAAAAUAGAACAUUUAACUGCUUAUCAGUGUUUGUCAUGAAGAAGAACAUCCAUGCGCGUUAUUUAGUAAAGUGCAUUUAUAAAACUAUUUCAUUUAAACGUAUU